CAAUUGCACAACAUCUUAACGGUUCUACGAGUCUGAGGUUCUGGAACUCGGCUUCUACACGGGUUAUCAGAGGUCUAGUACCCUAUCUCACAACAGGAGCUGCCAGCUGGUUUGCUCUCCUGGGACAGGUGGUGGGAAAGGUUUCGUGGGCUGGUAGCAUCGCCACACCGAAUCCUUACAACUUUACCCUGCGGCAAAAGUCCUUCAUCUGAAGCGCCGCCUCAAUACCCUGUCUAGUCUGGUUUCUAUCUUGCUAGACGGUCGAAAACUGCGCUCUCAACCGAAUUCAGCAGUUGGCUCUUCUCAGGCCACCUCGGCUCGAAUUACCUCCACUCCGCAAUGGAGGCCGAAAUCCAAGCUCAGAUACCCAACAUCGACCACGUCCUUUCCGAUUACUCUGUAGGGUAUCUCAACCAUGCAUCGAAGCUCUUUUUCUCCGAGGAUGAUCCUACUGCACAGUCUCCGCUGGCUGAGGCUCUUGAAACCAUCACUGAACUGCUGGUCUCAGCCUCAGGCAAUUUCUCCGAACAGAAUCAAGCUGCUAUUCGGAAUUUAAUUCAAAAAUUCAUUGCUAGGCUAGGAGAUGCCAAUGGAGUCGACCCCGAGCGGCGGCAGAUGCCUUUCGCUGCCAAAAAGCUCGACCAGACCAUUCAAGUCAGCUCACAGCGGAACAUUUCUUCUACUUUAGGCUUGACUAGUGGUGGCAUCGACCUGGAAGCUGCCAAUGCUCGCAAGGUGGAGUCCAAGGUGGACAAGAAGAAACUCGAGAAGGCCGAGCGGAAGAUUCGAGCAAAGCAAGACAAGAAGACCAUGAAAAACGUUGAAUAUGAAGCGUCUCGGUUGCUUGAGCAACCGGACAGCACUCAGUCCUACGAAGAGUUUUUCAUGGCUGUCAAUCCUCUCCAACUUGGAGGCGAUUCGCAGUCGAAGAGCAAAGAUAUCAAGGUCGAUGGAAUUGAUGUUUCUAUAGGUGGCAAGCGCAUCCUGACGGACACCUCGCUGACACUCGCCUACGGCAGACGGUACGGUCUGGUAGGUCAAAACGGUAUCGGUAAAUCUACGCUUCUUCGUGCUUUGAGUCGGCGUGAGAUCGCCAUCCCAACUCACAUCUCGAUCCUUCAUGUUGAGCAAGAGAUCAUGGGAGAUGACACACCUGCUCUUCAGGCAGUCCUAGAUGCUGACGUGUGGCGGAAACAUUUAUUGGCUGAGCAAGACAAGAUCACCAAACAGCUUGCUGCUCUUGAGGCGGAAAGAUCGACACUGGCUGACACAUCCAAAGAUGCUGCUCGGCUCGAUAAAGAAAAGGACGGUCUUGACACGACGCUCGGAGAUAUCCAAGCUAAGCUCAGCGAGAUGGAAUCUGAUAAAGCCGAACCAAGAGCAGCUAGCAUUUUAGCUGGUUUGGGAUUUUCCCCAGAACGUCAACAAUACGCAACCAAGACUUUCUCUGGUGGUUGGCGCAUGAGAUUGGCUCUGGCUCGAGCACUGUUUUGCGAGCCGGAUCUGUUGUUACUCGACGAACCGUCCAACAUGUUGGAUGUGCCGUCCAUCACCUUCUUGGCCAAUUACUUGCAGACCUACCCUAGCACUAUCCUGGUCGUCUCUCACGAUCGAGCAUUCCUGAAUGAGGUGGCGACGGAUAUUAUUCACCAGCAUUCUGAGAGAUUAGACUACUAUAAAGGCGCCAACUUCGAUUCGUUUUACGCCACUAAGGAGGAACGAAGAAAGAACGCCAAACGCGAAUAUGAGAAUCAAAUGGCACAGCGGGCUCAUUUGCAGGCAUUCAUCGAUAAAUUCCGAUAUAACGCUGCCAAGUCAUCAGAGGCACAGUCCCGUAUCAAGAAACUGGAACGGAUGCCGGUGCUUGAGCCUCCUGAGGCAGAAUAUCAAGUUCACUUCAAGUUUCCGGACGUGGAGAAACUGUCGCCUCCGAUUAUCCAGAUGACACAUGUCUCUUUUGGCUACACCAAGGAUAAACCGCUUCUUCAUGGCGUUGACCUGGACGUCCAGCUCGAUUCGCGAAUUGGUAUAGUGGGGCCGAACGGUGCAGGCAAGACGACGGUCCUCAAACUCUUGACGGGACAACUGCAACCUACGACUGGGCUUAUAUCACAAAAUCCCCGGCUUCGUAUUGGAUAUUUUGCGCAGCAUCAUGUAGAUGCUUUAGACAUGAAUACCUCUGCAGUGGGAUUUAUGCAGAAGACUUAUCCAGGCAAGACAGAUGAAGAAUACCGCCGCCACCUGGGAGCCUUUGGUAUCACAGGUAUGACGGGUCUACAGAAGCUUGACCUACUGUCUGGUGGUCAGAAAUCUCGGGUUGCAUUUGCUUGUUUGUCAUUGACCAACCCGCAUAUCCUGGUCCUUGAUGAACCGUCCAAUCAUUUGGAUAUUGAGGCCAUGGAUGCCCUUUCCUCUGCCUUGCGGCAGUUUCAAGGAGGAGUCUUGAUGGUCAGUCACGAUGUCACGAUGCUACAGAAUGUGUGCACCAGUCUGUGGGUAUGCGACAAAGGCACAGUGGAGAAAUUCCCUGGCGAUGUCAAUGCAUACAAGAAGAAGAUUACUGCGCAAGCAAAUGAGGCUGGAGUUGUCCAAGCCCAUUGAGACGGUCUUGAUAGAGCCUAGCUACCUAGGUACCUAGGUCGUGAAGCAUACUCGUCCAUGUGCAGCACAAGCCUUCACAGGACUUGAGCUUCUCCCAAUGAUGAUUUUUCCAUGGACAUAAUGACGCGUCCAUUCGGCUGUGC